CGCUGGAGGCUGAGGGCAUUAGAGCAGAGACAGAGCCUGGAGCAGAGGCAGAGAAAGAGACGGACUUGCUACUUGUGGACUGCCCUGGAGGUGGAUGGGAUUCUAGCACUCGACCUACCGCAGUGAGACUAAAGCUUGCCUCAGGACCCCAGCACUGAAGGAAAAGGGACUGAUCCCAUUCUGCACUAUGAAGAUGGGGAGGCUGAGGUAGCAGGAACAGAAAGACAUGGUCUGGAAAUGCACACCACUUCUGCUGCUGCUAGUCUGGACAGCCUCUGUGUGCAGUGUGCGGGACAGAACAGACCUGCUCAAUGUCUGCAUGGACGCCAAGCACCACAAGAUAAAUCCAGGCCCUGAGGACAAGCUGCAUGACCAGUGCAGUCCCUGGAAGAGCAAUGCCUGCUGCUCAGUUGGCACCAGCCAGGAGCUGCACAAGGACACCUCCCUCCUGCAUAAUUUCAACUUGAACCACUGUGGCAAGAUGGAGCCCACCUGCAAGCGCCACUUCAUUCAGGACAACUGCCUCUACGAGUGCUCACCCAACCUGGGGCCCUGGAUCCAGCAGGUGAACCAGAGCUGGCGCAGAGAACGAUUCCUGAACGUGCCCCUGUGCAAAGAGGACUGUCAGCGCUGGUGGGAAGACUGCCGCACCUCCAGCACCUGCAAGAGUAACUGGCACACGGGCUGGGACUGGACCUCAGGAGUUAACAAGUGUCCAACCAAGGCCACCUGCCGCACAUUUGAGUACUUCUUCCCCACACCUGCAGCCCUGUGUGAAGGCCUCUGGAGUCACUCCUACAAGGCCACCAACUACAGCCGAGGGAGUGGCCGCUGCAUCCAGAUGUGGUUCGAUCCGGCCCAUGGCAACCCCAAUGAGGAGGUGGCCAGGUUCUAUGCCUUGGCCAUGAAGGCUGACCAUGCUGUGACCCAUGGGUCUGGUCUUCUCCUGCUCAGCUUGGUCUUCAUGCUGCAACUGUGGCUCAUUGGCUGAAUCCAGCCCUUUCCAGCCAGAUGUCCCCUCUGCCUGUCCUCAGCUUUGAUGCCAGGCUGGGCUCAGUUCAGCUCCCACAAAUAAGGGAGCUCUAAGCAUGCCUCCAUCCAUUACCCAUCCCUCUAGCAUCCAGUUCCUGCUUCUUGGUGGGGCUUGGGGUUUCUCUAACAGCCAGUUCUAAUAAAAAGACUGACACAUCUG